GGGGUGCGGUGCUCCGGGACCGGUCCCCUGCCCGGGGCAGCUGCCGGCUCGGCCCGGCCGGGACCCGCAGCCGAGGCUCUGUGGAGCGGCUGCCCCCGCGGAGGGCCCCGCCGGCGCCCUCGCCCCGCCGGCCUCCCCUGAGGCUGUGGGGAGAGGGCAGCGGAGGGCCGGGAUCCCUGCGCGCUGCGAGAUCCUCGCCUGGCCACAGCCGCACACCUGCCCCGUCCCCAGCUGUCCGAGGUCCCUCGCCGGUGAGGGACGGGGACGGAGCACGCACGCUCCUGUGCAAGGCUGCCUUCUCCCGCACACAGCGCUCCUGAGGCGGAGCUGCGGCCGUGCCACGGGAUGGGGAGCGCUGCCCUGCGGGGGUCCGGCAUGGGAGCUGCUGCCGCUUCUGCCUUCUCUUCUGUCGCCGUGAAGUCUGCAGGCUCCUUUGAUAUGCGGUCACGGAACUCUGGUCUUUCUUGUUGAACCUGAGUGGAGACCUUGCUAUUUUCUCUUUUCCUUUUUCCAACAUCCUUUGCUCAUGGAAUAUUCUUUCUUGCCAUGGUCCAGGUGCAGAUGACACUGCACCAUAUAAAGAUGCUGCAGGUUCCUACAGCAGCUGUGUUGGUGCUGCUUCUUCUCUGGAAGGAAAAAAAUAUCAGAGCUUUCCCUCUCCUAAGACUGGGGUGUCUUUCUCUUUAAUAUCUUGCACUCAUGGGAUGCACUUCGGUGAAUUUGUGUGUUGAACCUAAGUCCUUCCUGUAGGACUUCCUGAAAACAGCUGAGGGGAAAAGAGGUCAGCUGAGGGGAAAAGAGCCUCAGACACAGGGAGAUGGCUGUGCUCAGGAAUAUCCUGAGGAGGCAAGAUAGUCCAAACACAGCUUGCUUUUUUAGUUGUGACCUGCUGAGUUCUUGCUUAUUCUGAUGGUGUUCUACAUCAGAGGGGGCUCAAAAUACCUUCAUUUCUAGCUUUGCCUUAUGCAGCAGGCUCAGGGGUAGUUGUAGCUUAUUUUUCAUGUUCUAGAGCUACAUUUAUUUCUGUGGAUCAUCUAACCAGCUAUAUGUAGAUGAAUAUACACAUACAUCUCCCGAGGGCUAUGGAAAUUGCUUUUCUUCAUCUAACAGAUAAUCAGUUUGGUCUGUCCUUUCACUGUCCAGUUGAGGUGGUCCAGAGGAGGUUCUGAAAAGCUGCAGUGAGUUGAGGUGGAAGAAUCCUGUCUUUGCCAGGACACCCUGCUCCACAGACAGUGAUGUGAGGCCUGAGAUAUAAAAUUUUAGACUCCUUCAUAAGCUGGUAUAAAAUGUCUUUGAAGCUACGUUGCUGGGCAAAAAAUAUUCUCAUUCCCUGGAGCAUCACUCUUCUCUUGGCUUCUUGUAGCAAGCUACAGUGGAGUAUCAACUAUCCAACUGGAAAAUCUGCUUGGUCGUUUUGUCACCAUCAGAUAGGAAAAUUUCUCCCCCACACCCCAGUUUGAUGCAUUUGAUGAAUCAAGAGCCUCCUGUGUACUGACCUGAAGAUGGUGCCACAAAGGAGGGCUCCACGUGGGGCUGCCUUUAGCAGCACACAGACAGUGCUGGGGAACUGCUGUUCCUCAUGUCUUUGCCAGGCAGCCUCAGAAAAUGAACUAAUGGAACGGGGACAAUUGACAGCAACAGAAAUCACAUGGGCUCAGCUCCAUGCACAAUGCUCUUCAUGGUCAGAGAGCUUAAAGGAAAUCGAACCCUAUAUGCAGCAAACUAGGUUUGGUUUCCAUAAUGCAGCUACUCACUCUCUAAAUCUUUCUGAUUUCAUAAGGCUGCUCUGGGGACUGAAUCCUCCCUCCUCUCCUCCCCUGCUUGCAGGAGCUCAUCUUGGAUUUAAGGACAGUGAUGAGAAACUUCAGCUGUAGCAAAUGUGUCAUCUUCCACCGAGUGGAGCAGCAUCUCCCUCCUUCCUGCCAGCUGCCUUGGCUUGCUGUCCAUGUGAAGUCUGGGCUGGAAAUACUUGGUUUACUCUGUAUGUCUGAAUCUCUCAGGGUUCCUUUGCUGUCUAACCAGAACAGCAGAAUUGCAACACUUAGCAAGAGCUUCUGUCCUUUGUCACUGUGUAUCCUUAGGUACCCCUAGCCCAGCAGCUUGAAAGGGACGUGCUGUGGAUGUCCUUAUUGACCCUCCUAAUAUUUUCCUAGCAAUGUUCUCUCUUCCUCAUCCUGCAUCCCUAGCCUUUCAUUUCUUGGCUGAUGCCGAGAAGAAUUCCCUCUGUGUGGCCCUAACGCACAUUUUGCUAAGCAAACCUGACCCCUGCAGCUGUGCAAGGAGCACUGGGUAUCUAAGUAUUCUACUAAGUAUUCCAUGGGCUUCUGCUGUGGCUAGGAGCACCAGGUGCUUCCCUCUGGCCACAUGAUCAAAAGGUUUGCCAACCCUAAGCUUUUAUAUACCACCAGCCGCACAUUAAAAAAGCCAAACCAUAAAAUGACAUAAUUUUUUUUUCUUUUAAGUCAAGUCCUUAAUUUGCUUUUUCCUGCUUAUUUCUGAUUGUCUUGACGAUCUCUGUGUGUCUGCAUAAGCUGCCAGGAAUGCUUGAAUCUCAGUAUUUCACCUGACUGCAGGACCUAGGUGCCUCAAGCAGAAUAACAAAUAUUGUGAGCUUUGGGUUGUGGUUCUGUGGACUUUCAAAAGGCUGGAGCCGUGCUGGGCUUUUCUGUGCUUAGUUCAGGUUGGAGUAACAUGGCUGGGAAGCCCUGUGGACUUUUUAACCAAAUGUUUUUCUCUUAACCUUGUGUGAUGGAGCACUAAAGCAGCAACAAAUACUGUCUUAUGCUCUCAGAGACUGUGGCUUUAAUCAUAGGUUUGUUUUGGAGGAAAUGAGAUAUGGUGCAAUGCUUUGGAAGGGUACAGUGUUCUUAUCUGCUUGGCAUAACUGGAGGAAAAUCUGUCAAGUAAAAAGAGUGAGAGCAAGGAGGCUUGUAACAUCCCUGCUUUCUAUCCAGUGAAGUGUGUGAUUGCAGUUUAGCAGAGAUGUCAUCUGAAGGAGGAGCUCUUGCCUCUGCUUCUGUACCUUCAGUCUCUGCUGGUACAAGACUUUGUAUCGCUGUUCUGCACCAGUUACUGCCCCAUCUGCCUGGAAGGGACUGCCUGGUUCAGAAGGAUGUCUGAGGAUUACACAUACCUGACAGCCCUGCAGGAAAGCCUUGUGUUGUUCUGGGGAUGGCAGGAGAGCUCUGAAAAUGUGCCUGGGAGCUGUGAACCCCCUGAGAUUUGCUGUGGUGGUCCGGCGCUGUGGGGGCUUGGGGCUGGCUUGAGCUUGUGGUGUUGGUAAGAUCCUGGCAGAUGUAAAGGUGUCCCUGCUCACAGCAGGUGAUGUGUCCUGGGCUGAGGCAAUCUGUGUUCCUGAAGAGGUGAGACUAUGAAUAAGGGGAAAGUUCUGAAGAGCUCUCCUACAGCUUUUUGAAAGAAUUAGCCUUUAGCACAUGUGCUGGAUGAAAGUAAAGCAGUGAAGUGAAGGCUCAAAAAAAGCCCAAUUUUUGUAACUGUGCAAUAAAGGUAACAUACUUACCUGUUUAUUGCUUCCUACUUCAAGCUCUUCCAAUGAAUAGCAGGCAGGAUAUCUGCAGGCCUUUGGAGGAGUAGCUGUGUGGAGUUAAAAAUAAAAUUGUGGAAUGUCUAAAUAUGUAAUUUAGGCUAUGGAAAGGAAACCUUUUGGGAAAACUUCAGCUAUGUAUGGGUAUAGCUAGGUGAGUCAAGCCUCUGGAAAAGGAGACAGCAAACUUGCAGGCUAGCUUGGCUGAGCAUGGUGGGAGCUGGGCAGAGGUUCAAGUGCAGGGAGGCAGAUCUAACACAUCCUACAGGAACUUGGUGGCCCUCACUGUUACAGUAGCUAAAUUCCUCUCCAAUUUGUUCAGCUUAAAUGUAUGAGUAAGAGUAAUGCUUUUAUUUGCCUCAUUUUCCCCUCUUCUUCCCUCUGGAAAAUGAAGAGGAGGAAACCAAGCUCAUCUCCAGCUGGGAAUUGAAGCGGUGUGGCUAGAUGCUGGCUGGAAUUUGUGCAGCUCAGAGGAACAGCCAGGCUCUUCAGCUGCGGGGAGGGUGGCAAAGCCUCUUUAAAACAUGGAGACCUGAUGCUGGAGCCCAACAGGGAAGCUCUUCUGUUUGACCCUGCCCAGGGGAAGAAGACUUUGAGAAGAUGGAGAACCAGAGUGGAGUGCUCUUGGGAUACGUCUGCUGGGAAAGAAAAGAGGAAGGGGGUGAUGAGGAUGGGGUAGCUCCUCGUGUUUCUCCUCCCAGCCAAAUGAGCAGACUGGAAGAUGUGCAGGUGGAGAUGCUUGAGAAGGCAAGGGAGCUCUUCCAGCUGUGUGACAAAGAUGAGAAGGGUUUUAUCACCAAGGUGGACAUGCAGCGGCUCCAGAGUGAACUCCCCCUAACCCCUGAGCAGCUGGAGACUGUUUUUGACAGCUUGGAACAGAAUAAUAAAGGAUACCUGACACCUGUGGAGUUCAGCAUGGGUCUAGGAAAGUUAAUAGGGAUUGAAUUGUGUCAAGGGGCUGGGAGAAUGGAUCACUCCAGACACGAGGAGACCUUCGAGUCAGGCUGGUCAGAUGACUUGGACCCUGCAGAUGAUGAUGAUGAAGAGAAACGAUUCUGUUCCAUGAUGGAGCAGCUUGGAGCAGCCCAGUUGUUUGAAGACCCACAUGAGAUUCGGGAGCUCUGGGCUCGCCUGCGAAAGGAGCGUCCAGAGCUCUUAUCCAAUUUUGAAGAGUUUCUGUUGCGUGUUUCGUCGUACAUAAAGGAGGUGAAUCAUGAGAAGGAGUCUAUGGAGCAAGCAUUGAAGAGGAAGGAGUCAGAUCAUGAUCGAGAAGUCAGGUGCCUUUAUGAAGAAAUGGAGCAACAGAUCAAAGCAGAAAGGGAGAGGCUGGUCUGCCAGGAAGCGCUGAGGCAUGACAGGAGUAACCUGCUCCAGAAGGAACUGCACAACAAAGAGCAGGAGCUGGAGAAAAUCCUCUAUCGCCAGAAGAAGCUGGAACAUCAGCUACAGUCACUGAACUCGGAGCAGCUGGAGACGCGCGUGCAGAACGAAAGGCUCCGGCACCUGAAUGAAAACCUGCUGGAAGAGCUGGAGAAAAGCAAAUGGGAGCUAGAGGCAGUGAAGGGACAAUUACAGAAGCUCCAGAAAGAGGCUCAGAUUGAGCAAGAGCAGAAGGACAGGGAUGUGUUUAGAGUCUCCAAGAACAUGCAGAAAGAGAAACAAAGCCUCCUUCGGCAGCUGGAGCUCCUCAGAGAAAUGAACAAGAAACUUCGAGAUGAGCGAGAUGCUUUUGAAGCCAAGAAGCUGGUGCCUCAGAACAAAAAUCCCCUGUUGAAGAAAGGGUCAGUGCUAGGCAGUUACCUGAUGGAGGACAAGCCUGUCAAACGACAACUGGCCUCUGCGGACCUUCCCUUCGCCUUCCCAGUGGACGUGGCAGUGGAAGAACCCAACAGAAAGAACUGUAAAUACUUCCCAGGCAAUGGGGUAUGGAUGAAGACAGGAGAAGGAGGCAGCACAAACUUUGAAGAGAACAGCAGAGAUGAGGAGAGAUGGCCUUUGGCAGCAGAUGCUGAGUGGUUUAAGAUGACUUUGAAGGGUGACUCUGACUGCAGAAAAAACGCAGAUGGCCUAGAUGCGGCUCCGCUGCCUCCUCGAGCCCAGCCUAUUGGCACCGAAACCAGGCUCCAAGCAUUGGAACCAGCCAGCUGUUCUCCAGAUCGCAUCUUUAAAGUGGUGUUUGUGGGGAAUUCUGGUGUUGGGAAGAGUUCCUUCAUCCACCGCUUCUGCUAUGACAGGUUCUUGGCUGAGCUCAAUGCAACCAUUGGUAUCGAUUACCAGGUGAAGAGUCUAAUGGUGGAUAACACCCAGGUUGCCUUACAGCUGUGGGAUACAGCUGGACAAGAGAGGUUUCGGAGCGUCACCAAGCAGUACUUCCGGAAGGCAGACGGGAUCCUGGUGAUGUACGACAUCACGGCCGAGUGCUCCUUUGUGGCCGUGCGCAACUGGAUGAGCAGCGUCCAGGAAGGUAUAGAGGACGGAGCUGUGGUGUUUCUGCUUGGAAAUAAAUUGGAUGCUGUGCAGACAGAGACCCGGAAAGUGCCCAAGGUGGAGGGUGAAAGGCUGGCGAAGGAGUACAAGGCUGUGUUCUACGAGUGCAGUGCCAUGACUGGCUACAACAUCAUGGAGCCCAUGCUGCACAUGGCCAGGUUGCUGACAGCACAAGAAGACAGGCAGAGGGAGAAUGCCCUGCAGCUGGAGGAUAUCAGCAGGAGGAAAGGGUGCUGUACAUAAAGCACACCAAUGUGUCAGCAAGAGACAUGUGCCAAUGCUGUAUCACAAAGCUGGGGGUUCCUUUCAAGCAAGCUGAAUUUGAUGGUAUCAGCUCUCUAGAGGCUUGGGGAAGGUGCAGCUUUUCCUAGUCUGUGAAUUUUGAGGCACAAAUCAGGCCAAAAUGUGCAUAUUAUCUGCACUGUUCUGUUUCCCAAGUCUGCAUGCAGCCCUGGUCUCUAGAGGCCUCUGUUUCUUUGGGGGAAUUUGGUUGGUCUUAGCUGCCAGCACAGACUGGGCCUUCUGUCUGGAGAGGUUGGUUCCCUGUAAAGGGAUGAAGUCUUGUUCCUGUAUUUCCUGGCAAAGAAGUGGCCUAGCAGCAGAGAGCAGAGGACACAGUGGGUCUGGAUUAAAUAGAAUUUCCAUGUAAGAGAGAAAGAUAUUAUUUUAAACUUGGGCCAGCUCUAAGUAGUGGUCCCUCUGUCUCAGAGGGAAUCAUCUCCUCUUGGUUCUGCAGUGGCAGUGCUCAGCUGAGAGCCCGCUGUGAGUGAAAACACUUCCACCCCUUCCUGCAAGAUCUGUAUUGGGCCCUGGAUUUACUGCAGCAUUUGGCUGGACUUGUCAACAUUGUAGUUAACAGAUUCCAUGUGUGAUUUGAUAGGAUGAGUCAUCUCAAUGGCUUUCAUUGCUUUGUCACCCUUAUGGACCUUUUCACUGUCCUUCUGUAUGUUUACAGAACACAGAGCCACUGCCCUGGGACCACAGGCACUGGCAUGUGCUGCUGAUUCACAGCCCAUUGCAGGAGCUGUCUGUACAAACCAGGGGAGCCAUAUAUAGCCUGUUUUAAGGCUGAAUGCUGCCUGUUUCCUCCCAUUCUCUUAUCCUUUCCUGAAGAAUCUCCAGCAACUUGGAACUGCCUUACCCACAGUCCUGAAAGAUCCCACCAGAGUGCUUUCAAAUGCAUCUGGAUGGAAGCACAAGGCAGCUGCUUGUGUGAAAUGUACCUUUUUCUCUUGCAGGAACCUUGAGCAACAGCCUCACUUGACUGGUGAAGGGCCUGAGAAAGAGCCAGACUGAAUCUGUUUCCAUUGGGAAGGGGCCUUUUUGUCACUAAGGGGUGGGGCAAUGCAGGUCAAGGAGAAGCAGGGCAGAGGUAGAAACUGUCCCCAGAAAUGCUCCUGUUGGCAAGGCUGCGUUGGUGCCUGGGCACGGAGCUUCGGGGGGCGAUGCUUUCUGGUUUGCAGCUCAGCUGCUCUCAAAGCCUUGGGAUUAAGUGAGAUUUUUGGUAGUGCCCUUUCCCCUUUUGUCUUCAAGGCUGUUUCUGUAUGUGACUCUGACAUUUUAGGCGCAAGAUGUGAUACUGCAGCUGUGACGCAGCCCCCAAACCUUGUGGCAUAUGGAAGGCCUGCACUUGUCCAUGGUCUUUCCUCUCUUGGGAUGAGGCGGUUACUCUGAAUGUCUAUUUAUUGCGCAAAUUUUCCUGAGGAUAUCCCAGGCAGGAAAAGUGCUCUGAGUCAUCUACAGACAUCAGCAUUACAAAGAAUUUCCAUGGCACCUCCUGGUGCCCUUCUGAUAGGAAAGAGGAAGUUUUUUUCUGGAAGAGUAGGAUUUCUGAGCAAAAGGAAGAGCUAAAAGUAGUGAGAUCCUGCUCAGUCCUUACUCUUGGCUGGCUGUGGCUCACACUGUUUAACUGCACUAACACCUUCUAGAGACAGUGAAUAAGAAAGCUACAAGAGACCCUGAAGGAACCAGGGUAGCUGGAAUGGAGCCUGGAGUAAGAUCUACAGUGCUGCCAGGGGAAAUGCUCGUGUUUGCAGGAAGCGUUUUUUGGGAAGGGGAAUCCCCACUAAGGUGUUCUGAACCGGGGCCUCCCAUGCUCUGUACACUGCACACCUGAGACAAAGGUGUGAAACACGGCUGACACACAAAUAUGGGCCAGUUCUCUGUAUUACCUUUAUCAGUGCUGUCAUACUGCAAUGGCAAGAACCAGCAGGUUCUUUCAAUGUACAACCUUAAGUAUGUUUUCUUAGUGUGCAAAUAGUACAGGCAAUAAAGAAAUGCUGUCUUACAAGUGGUUGUGUUGAGAGAUUUUUUUUUUUUUACAGGUGCUGCAGGAGAUGAGCCUCCCAUCUUCAAUCACUGAUCCUAGUGUGACCUUCCCUUCUCACUGCUCAGGAAGUGGCCUCUCCCCCGUGGUGGUACACAGGGGGUCUUAUAAGCAGGGAGAGUUAACCAGGAACCCAUGUCAUGGGGCAGCUCAGGAGAAAUUAAUCUCUAGUCUUUUUUUACCUCCUUUUAGCAGCCAGAGUCUGUCCAGCUGAUUAGGGAAGGCAGAGCAUGGAGGAGAAAAAGGUGAGACAUUUCCACAAUGUCUGAGGGUUCAGUGCUUUCAGACAGGGAUGGGUUCUCACCUUAUUAUCUGUAUCCAUAGAACUAAACCUUUAUUUUAUUAAUGUCCCAUGCAUCCUUUUCACUGGAGUUAGGAAUUUGGUUGCUUUUAGUCCUUGUGUCCUGGCAUGGGUCCAGCUGGAUGUUCAUGCACUACAGAACUAAUCACUCUGCAGUUUUGAUCAAACAAAUUAUUACUCAUUUCCCCUGCUAUAAAAUGAUAGCACAAGUAGUUCCUUGAAACAUAUAUUCUUUGUAGGAAGGAAAGGGUGGAUUUUUGUUUCAAGGAUGACAAAGUGGCACAGAAUUUGAGUAGGCUGAGCUUGGACAAUAGUAAGCAGCAGGGCUGGGGUUUAUUACUGGAACGUCUUUUGUUGUCUCUCAGCACAAUCAUUAAAUGUCCUGUUGGAAGACCCAGGGGUAUGUUGCUAGUUUUUAAACCUGUCUGAUAACAGACCUAAAUGAGACAAGAAUUUCCAAAAAGUUCUUCAUUUUACUACAUCCCCCUUUUUUGUCAGAAUCUCUCCUCUAAAUGGAAGCUCUGGGAGCAGCCACCCUUUGUAAGUGACUGCUGGAAACUGUAGCAUAAAUGCAAAUAAUGAGAUAUCCUGAGGGGGCAUGAGAUGAGGGGGGAUGCAAAAUAAGACUGCCUGGGGGCUUAUACAUUCACCAUAUUGGCUCCAGCCUCUUAGUGAACAAGUGACUUUUGCGCAUAAUCUGUAAGGUAUUUUGGAAUCAUAUCACAAGAAAGUAUAGCCUGGGAAGCCUUAUCCUGGCACAUGCAACGGUGCACCUGUGCACACAAUCAGGUGUAGGGGCAAAAGCAAAAAAGCCAGCUGCUCUGAUAAGUAGCCAUGGCCCCACAAAUCCCUGCAGGCUGGCAAAGGGACCUCACUCUGCUUUGCUUUCACUUGUCUGUUUCACGUCAAUAUGCUAAGGGUAAGCAUAAGAAGAUUAGGCUGACGGCAUCUCUUUGAAAAACCAAAACAGAGCUGAAAAGAGAGCAUUAAGCCACAAUGUUAAAUUUGAUGCUUUCCCACAGGACAAAUGCAGACAUUGCAAACGUUUGAGAUGUUGUUUUCUACUACCUUUAUUCCAGGUCCAAGGGACCUUUUCCAUUUACAUACAAUUAAUGAGUUCCUGUUAUGGGGAUCAUGCAGUCACUCACAC